AGGGCUUCACGUUUUAAUUUUUUUUUAUCCAUUUGCAAAAUCUUUCUGUUUCCUUCGGUUUCGGGUUUCGUCUGUUUUGCAUUUUUUCACAUUCGCCUGUUCAUGGUUGUUUCGGCUGAUCUGGCACUGGUCACAGAAAGUUCCAUGCGAACAAAAAUCGAAAUGGCAUCGAAUAAACCGGCAGCAACGGUCGCUGCCGCCACCGCCGCCGCCACUACGGUUACAGCCAAAGACAGUGACGGUAAGAAACUGCUGCGCGGUUUGAUCCUCCGAGCGGAGGCUCUGCUGGGUAAGAUGAUUUACAAGCUGGAGAAAACGCCGGUAACCCUAGCGGAGAUGGUGGCCAUGAUCAACUCGGUGCACGGUUUUGUGGAUCAGUGGGAGCAACCGCUAGUUGACAUCCGACUGGAAAUGCUAAAUAUUCCCGGCGUGGAAGAGGCGGCCGAUGUGCAGCAACAACUGAAUGAAGAGCAGAGAAUUAUGGAACAAAUAAGUCUGCUGGAUAGGAAGCAGGACAGACGGAUGCCGGGUAUCAACAAAGUGGAUGAACCGGCGGAACCACUGUUUGAAUUUUUGGAACAACCGUUAACGAAUUAUAAAACCGAUCAAAUCGGCCGCUGUGUCAUCUCGUCAGUAGGUCCUGGCUCGCGCACUUUCUGUAUGGUGAAUCGUGAUCAUCCGGAUGUAACAAAAUUGUUCGCCGCAAUGCAAAGUAUGAGCAGCGCUCAUCUUUACCAGCUACCGCCCCCGGGUGAAGUUUUCGGAGUGCGGCUGGAUGAUUCCGUAUUUCGCGCCGUUCGUAAUAAACCACUCAACCACAGUCCAUUGCGUAAGGACUACAUUCGACUGCUGGAUACCGGCGAAAUCUUACCGUACGAUGGCAACAUGCGCAUGUGUUCUUUGUCCGAAUAUUAUCGCCGGAUUCCGGCCUUUGCUGUCCAUUGUUUGUUGGUUCGUGUUAUGGAUGAUCCAUUUUGUGAAGAUUUCGACCGGUAUUUGAAGAAAAGCCUACGCUCGAUCCAGCAUUUCAAAGUAGUGUCAGCCGAAAAGUCGUGCCUUUUCGUCGAGCUCAGCCAGCGCCCAAUCGUGCCGAGCGAUCAACAUUCAAACACUUCUUCUCGGGAAUCAACGCCCACCAAAGUGAAACCCAUUUCGAUGAUGCGGAUUCGUGCUGCAUCGCCCAGGUCGCCACAAAAGCCUCCUCGUGGAAACAUUUUCGCGGUAGAUUCCGCCGAACAGAGCAACCCGUUCACCAGCAUUCGAUUUCCUGCGGUGCCGACCGCUGAGAUGCCGCUUUGCCCAUUCAAUGGAUCAAGCGAAUGCAAUCUUGGAGCACACAAAAAGAUCGGCCUGAAGACCCAGCAGGAGUGUAAGAAGGUUGUUCCUCCAAACGGUUCCCAUCUGAUGCUGGUGCCAAAGUUCAUUCGGGAUGUGGGACAUAUGUGGUGCCACGUAGUAGGCGGCGAUUACGUCAAUCCUGACUUCAGGGAGAUGGAACUACGGAUGAACGAUCCGGAGUAUUCGAAGCACUACAAACCGCUGCAGGAGAAACCAAAAAUGUUCCAGCAAGUAUUUGCCAAGUACGUGGACAAACGGUGGUACCGGGCCCAGGUGAUCCGGUACUUUGACGAGCGCAACGUCCAUGUGUUCUACGUGGACUACGGCAAUGCGGAGAUGGUCCGCCUGGAGGAGAUUCACCAAUGGGACGAGCGGUUCAGUUAUCUGCCCCACCAGGCGGUGGUCUGUAAAUUGUCCAAUCUGAAACCGGCGAAACCAUACCACGUACCGGCGGUGAUCGAGUUGAAUCGGACGUUGCUGAACAAACGCGUUCGGGCUGAGAUAGUGGACAACAACCUACCUUGGGAGAUUAUUGUGUACGAUGAUGAUGGAUUCGAUAUCUCUGUGGGAUUAGUUAUCGCAGGAUUGGCAAAAAAAAUUAAGGAAGAUGAGCCAGAUCCAACAGAGGAAGCCCCGGGAGCAUAAGUUCCUUAGCGGGUUGUUGGUUUUUAAUGUGUUUUUUAUCAGAACUUUUUAAGCUAAAAUAUUUGAAUUACGAUUAGCUCUUGAAGAUGCUAACAUUGUAGUGCGUAAAACUUUGUAAUUGGCAAAUUACAAAAUUGAUUGAAAUAGAUUUAGAUUUAUGAAAGAGGAUAA